AUGAACAAAGAAAGGAAAGAAAGAAUUCUUUAUUUUUUACUUCUUUUUUCUUUCUCUGUGCAUUUACCUCUCUCUCUCUCUUCACGCUUUCAUUUCUUUCUUUCUUUCUUUCUUUCUUUCUUUCUUUCUUUCUUUUUUAGGUACCCGUCAAUCUUUUUUCUUUCUCGUUUUCAUUCUUUCUGUUUUUCUUUCUUUCUUCUUAGGUACCUAUCAAAAGUUCUUCUUUUUCUUUCUUUCUUUCUUUCUUUCUUUCUUUCUUUCUUUCUUUCUUUUUUAAAUUUUAAUUUUCUGCCAAUCGUUCUUUUUCCUUCGCUUCUUUCCUUUCUUAUCCAUCAAUCCUUCUUCUUUUUUCUUUUCUUUUUUUCUUGUUUUUCUUUCUUUAUUCUUAGUUACCUAUCAAUAUUUCUUGUUUUUCAUUCUUUCUUUUUUUUUUCUUUCUUUCUUUCUUUGUUCAUUUUUCUUUUUUCUUACUUUCUUUUUUCUUUCUUUUUGCUUUUUUCUUUCUCUGUUCAUUUACUUCUUUUCUUUCUUUCUUUUAUUUCUUUCUUUUCUUUUUUUUCUUACUUUCUUUCUUUUUGUUUCUUUUUUCUCCCUUUCUUUUCUUUUUUCAUUUUUUAUUGA